AAGUUCUCAAGGGAAAUAGGCUGAAAGAUGGAUUCCAGUGGCCAAGAUGAAGUUGUUAAGCGAGCCCCAUCGGGCAACCCACCAUUCACUCUUGGUGACCUAAAAAAAGCCGUACCACCACACUGUUUCAAUCGAUCUCUCACCCGAUCUUUUUACUACCUUUUCCGUGACCUCUUCUUUAUCUCCUUGUUUUACUACGUUGCAGCCACCUACAUCAUCCCCCUUCAAGCCCCCUUAUCGUAUGUAGCCUGGCCGGUUUAUUGGUUCAUUCAAGGUUGUGUCCAGAUGGGUUUCUGGCUUCUUGGCCAUGAGUCGGGGCACCAGGGUUUUAGUGACUACAAAUGGGUAAAUGAAACCGUUGGUUACUUUAUACAUACUUCUAUGCUUUCUCCUUAUUUCUCUUGGAAAUACAGUCACCGUCGUCAUCAUUCCAACACUGCUUCAGUUGAGUACGAUGAAGCUUACCCCCCAAGAACAAAAUCUAGCCUUGGUUAUGCCGACACACUAUUCAACACCCCACCUGGCCGUCUUUUUAGGCUAGUGAUCUUAUGCGCCAUUGGCUUUCUAUUGUACGUUUGUUUCAAUGUUGCUGGCCGAAAGUAUGGUAGAUACACUAACCAUUUUGAUCCAAGGAGUCCUAUUUAUAGCGAGAGUGAGCGGCCCUAUGUAGUUUUAUCUGAUCUUGGUCUUCUUGUCAUGUACUAUGUGCUCUACAAAGUGGCAAUGGCACAAGGGUUGACAUGGCUAGUGCUGGUCUACUUUGCUCCUAUGGUUGUUGCUUACGCGAUUUUGGCGAUCAUCACUUGGUUAAACCACACUCACCCAUCACUGCCUCACUAUGAUUCCACUGAGUGGAACUGGUUGAGAGGAUCAUUGUCUACAGUGGAUAGAGAUAUGGGCUUUUUGAACACGAUUUCGCAUCACCUAUGCGAUGGACAUGUUGUUCACCAUAUGUUUAGUACCAUGCCUCAUUAUCAUUUUAAGGAGGCCACAAAAGCUAUUAAACCCAUCUUGGGUGAAUACUAUCAGUUCGAUGACACCCCAGUGAUCAAAGCAAUGUGGAGAGAAGCUACCAAGUGCUUUUAUGUUGAGCCUGAUGAAGGUGAUGACAAAAACAGAGGUGUCUAUUGGUUCGGCAAUAAGAUGUAAAAAAUUGUAAUGGCCCUUGUUUCGAUUUGUAUUAUCAAGCUGUUAAAUUUACUAAAUAAGAGGAUGUUUAGUGGGGCUUGAAGAUCAAGCCCCUCCCCUUAAUUAA